ACCAGUGGAAAGAACUUCGUUACUUUCUUAGCUCCUAAAACGAAUUGUUUCAAGCUACAUUCGUGUUAAAUGAAUACAUGAACCUUGAGUUUUAACUUGAAUAAUGGAACAACCGCCCGCACAGGUCGACAACCGCAUGACCUUCCUUGGCACUUUCGUACAAAAAACGUUAAAACUGAAACCCGAAAAAUGGACACGAAUGAUGGCGACGGAAGACCACAAAGCAGUAGUGAUGAAGUUCCUCGAGCGCCCACACCCUACUAUCCUAGUAAUAGUUCUAACCCCCACCGCACAACUAGUUGCUUCUAAUGGGUUUCCACUGGCACAAUUAAAAAGCAAAGGGGUUUAUUUCAUCAAAAAAACCCUAGCAGCCGUUUCUAAAACAACCCCGUCUGAGUCACUCAUCACAGGCGACCUUUCCUCGAAAAUAAUAGACCAGUUAGCAAGUCUAGUAGACGAGAUAUUCGUCCCUUUGUUAUCUAAUUCUAAAAAUCACGGUAAAUGGCCAGCCGUUAUAGCCAAAGACGUCCAGAAACACGUCCAUAGUUUAAAAAGCACCGUUUACCAAGUUAAAGGUCAUGUAAAUGGCCAAACUGUGCUGCCUAUGCCGGUCGGUAUUGAUAAAGUUCAUGAAGUUGAAAAGGCCCUAAUUGAAAGCGACGGCGAAAUAUGUGAUUUAUAUUUAAAGAGUGCUAUCGAAGGGGUUGUUAUUAAGUGGUCGGCUCAAAUAAAUGACGUUUUAGUUAACGAUUCUUCCGAGAAGGCCGGACUGGCGGUAAAUCCCGUUCCUUCAGUAGAAUUGCAUUUUUGGAACUUGCGGCUACAAAACCUCCACUACAUUUACGAACAGCUCAGGGAACCCCGAGUGCGAAGUAUGGCCGUCAUUCUAGAAAAAACAAACAGCGCCUACUACAGUUGUUUCAAAAACUUAUUCAAAAACAUAGUUAUAGCACUAGCAGAAGCUAAAAACAUCUGUCUUUAUUUAAAACCGUUAAAAAAACAUAUAGCUCUUCUCGAAGAAACCGACUUCAGUGAAUGUAUUCCGGUACUAGCGCCGUUAAUGCACGUCGUUUGUCUCAUCUGGUGCAACUCCAAGUGUUACGACCAAGUCAAAAUAAUCGUACUUCUGAAACAAAUUUGCAACUUGUUGAUUCAAGAGGCCAAAAAGUGCCUAGAUCCGACUACUCUCUUCCACAGUGACAUAGAUGAAGCCAUGCAACGUGUAAACUUGUGUAUAAAAACGCUAAAAGAAUUUUCGAAAAUCUUCAACACGUAUAAAAACAACCUGGGUAGAUUUUUCAAAGACAAAGAACCGAGGUUGUGGAAUUUUCACCCGAAUAUGGUUUUCGAACGAUUUAACGCGUUUCUGGAACGACUGCGCACGAUCCAGUGGUUUUUUAACACAGUUCUCGAAUUCAGCAAGCUAGAAAAGGUGGAAAUUGGCGGCAUCAAAGGAAAAAAUCUCAGUGCUAGAGUUACAGUCGUCUUCGCUGAGUUUCAACAAUGCUUUUCUAUAUUUUCCGGAAAAUCGUACGACGUUCUCGACCCCGAUGACUCUUCUUUCAUUUCGGAUUUUGAAAACUUUAAGCAAAGAAUAUUCGAAAUGGAUAUGAAGUUAGCCGCGAUUUUGUGUCAAGCUUUUGAGGACUGCUCCAAUUUGGAAAGUAUAUUUAAGCUAAUUAGUAUCAUAGGAUCUGUGUUAGAAAGACCCCUAAUUAAGGCGGAAUUUACAAACAGGUAUACGAAAAUCUUGGACAUGUUGACGGAGGAAGUGAGCACAGCCGAGGCACUAUUCUCAGAACAACAAGCCCAGAAAGAAAAACACGGUCAGUUCGGCGUCGACAAGUACAUGCCCCCUGUAGCUGGUAGUUUACGUUGGACUUACAACAUGUGUGUGAGAUUACAAAGCCCCAUAGAUUCGUUCAAGAACCUGCAACAUCCAAUAACUCAGAGUCCUAGAGCCGGCGAAAUCCUCGCAAGAUUUGAAGAAUUGGUUAAAAAACUGGAAGACUUUAAUAGUCAGCUUCUUAAACAAUGGACCGAAGCUGUGCCACAACAAAUAGAAACCAAUUUAAAACUUUCUUUGCUUAAAAGAAAUCCCAAAACGAGAGAGCUCCACUUAAAUUUUAAUCCGGAACUCGCGGCAAUCUUACGGGAAAUUCAUUAUUUAAAACUAAUGGGACACGAAGACCUCCCAGAAAUCGCGCUUACGUUGGCGGAAAAGAAUGACGUAUUCAGAAAAUAUAUAUCCAAUUUAAACUCGACGAUUGCUUGGUACAAUAAAAUCAGAAGGACAACCAAAGAUGUGGAGUUUAAUUUAAUUCAGAGCGAAAUUGCUGAAAUCGAUAAAUUAAUAUUGCAAGGCCAACACACGCUGCACUGGACGUCCGACGGUCUAUGGGAGUACAUAACGAAGUUGUACAAUCUUGUCGGAAAUUUGCAACAACAUUUACAAAAGUGUCAGAAGAACCUCAACGAAAUUAAAAACGUUCUUAUGCCGUUCGCCCGACAGCCGCUAUUCGAAAGGCGAGAAGGAAAGAAAGAUGGCGUGCUGUGUCUAGAGGAGAGAGAUGAAAGAAUCACUAAGAGGUAUUCAGAUAUCAAGAAAGCAUCUGAUCAGAUAACUGAUUUAUUGGAACAAAACAUGCAACUGUUUCAAAUGACGGAUAAACAGGAUAACCCGAAGUGGCUGAGUUAUAUCGAUUAUGUAGAUCAAAUAGUGUUAAGUUAUCUUUAUCAGUGUGUGGGGUGUAGCUUAGGGUAUGUCAACGAACACAUGGAUCCAACUAACAAUUUAGCCCCACUAUUCGAAGCCCAACUAAUUCUUCUCGAACCAAACAUCGUGUUCAUUCCAUCCCUCGAUUCGAACGCUGAUAACGGCUUUAAAAAACUAAUAACAGGUCUCAUCGAAGACAUAAACCAAAUAGCUGCCAUCGUACCCAGAUUCUCAAAAACAGCCGAACUGUCAUAUCAGGCAGAAAUCAACACCAAUCAAGAUAUCGUCGAUAUCAAAACUAAUAUUUUCCUCAACGUUGAUAAAGUAAUCGAGGAAGCGUACGAAUUUUGUGACAAAUUCCAAAACUACUCGUACAUUUGGCUUGACGACCGAAAAAUAUACCUCGAACAUUUUUUGACUUACAGUAGACAACUGACAAGCGAAGAGAUUGACUGGGUGAAUUUGAAAGACUCAGCCGCGCCAAAAGUCAACCCGCCCAAAAUGGAACAAUUCCGCGAACAAAUCGAUCACUUCGAAAACCUCUAUACCGAAGUCGAAGGAAUGCAAACCAACCACAUUUUUAACUCUUGGUUUAAAGUAGACGUCAAACCUUUCAAGCAAGCUCUAUUAAACACCAUCCGAAAAUGGGGGAACAUGUUUAAAGAUCACUUAGUCGAUACGGUUACAAGUAGCCUGACGGAUUUAGGCCAGUUUAUCAGAUCCGCAGAUGAAGGCCUUCAACAAACUGUCAUCGAAGGCGAUUAUCAAGCUCUCGUCAACGUCAUGGGAUAUCUCCUUCACGUGAAAGAACGUCAAGCCACCACUGACGAAAUGUUCGGACCACUUCGCGAAACAAUCGAGCUGCUCAAAUUUUACGACCAAGAUAUACCCGAAGAGGUCAAUGUGUACCUACAAGAAUUACCAGAGCAGUGGAACAACACCAAGAAGAUCGCCAUCACCGUCAAACAACAAGUUGCCCCACUACAAGCCGCCGAAGUUGUUUUCAUUCGCAAAAAAAUUACAGAAUUUGAUGCCCGAAUACUUUACUACAGAGAAGUUUUCAAAAAAUAUCACUUUUUUCAGUACAACUGCUCAGAUCCGUACGACGUUUUGGAUAAAGUCGAUAAGGAUCUAAGAAAGUUUGAAACCGAAAUGAGAAAUAUUCAAGAAUCUGGGUCACUGUUUGAGGUCAACGUUCCGGACUUUAAAGUUCUAAAACAGUGUAGGAAAGACCUGAAAAUGCUAAAACAACUGUGGGACUACGUCCACAUUGUCCACACGUGCGUGGAUGACUGGAAAACAACGCCUUGGCGAAAAAUUGACGUUGAAAACAUGGACAUAGAGUGUAAAAAAUUUGCCAAAGAAAUAAGAAUGUUGGAUAAAGAAAUGCGGGGAUGGAACACAUAUUUGGGGUUAGAAGCGACCGUGAAAAACACGUUAACGUCGCUCAAAGCGGUUGGUGAACUUCAAAACCCAGCCAUUCGCGAAAGACACUGGAACCAACUUAUGAAAUCUACCAAGAAUUUAGCUGCCUUGCCCCCCGAAUUUACGACAAAAAUUGUUAUGGAUUACAACACCACUCUUGCCGAUCUGCUCGAACUAAACCUACACGAGUGCGAAGAAGAAGUCAAAAAUAUCGUCGACAAAGCCGUUAAAGAGAUGUCAAUGGAAAAAAUUUUGCGCGAACUCAACAUCACCUGGUCCGCGAUGGAAUUCGGUCACGAAAUUCAUCCCCGAACUGGGUGCAAACUACUAAAAACGAGCGAAGAGUUAAUCGAAACUUUAGAAGAAAAUCAAGUGCAGUUACAAAACUUGAUAACUUCUAAGUUCAUCGCACACUUCCUGGAAGAAGUGUCCAGUUGGCAAAGUAAACUAAGUCUGGCGGAUCAAGUCAUCUCUAUUUGGUUCGAGGUGCAGAGAUCUUGGAUGCAUCUAGAGUCGAUUUUUAUGAGUUCUGAAGACAUCAGGAAACAGUUGCCGGAAGAUUCGGAUAGAUUCGACAACGUGGAUACGGAUUUCAAAGAACUGACUACCGAAAUAAGCAAAAUACCUAACGUCGUUGAAUCUACUAACAGAGCAGGGUUGUUAGCCAUUUUGGAAAAAUUACAGAUGAAGUUGACUCUGUGUGAGAAAGCGCUUGCAGUUUACUUGGAGACUAAACGACUGUCGUUUCCAAGGUUUUACUUUAUCUCGUCAGCUGAUCUUUUAGACAUUCUAUCAAACGGGAAUCAACCGGAAUUGGUUGCUAAGCACCUAACGAAGCUGUUUGAUUCCAUCGCUAGGUUAAAUUUUGGAAGAAAUGAAGAUGGUAGCUUGAAUAAGGUGAUCCAUGGAAUGCACGCCAAAGAUGGGGAAUAUAUCGACUUUAAUCAAGCUACAACUUGUAGCGAAGCGGUGGAAGUGUGGUUAAAUCGCAUUCAGGACGCUAUGCGGUCGACGCUUAGACACUUAAUCGGUGAAGGAGUCGUAUCAUACGAGGAGAAGCCUCGCGAUCAGUGGCUGUUCGACUUUCCGGCCCAAGUAUCGCUGUGCGGUACACAAAUAUGGUGGACCUCUGAAGUGAAUAUAGCUUUUUCUCGUUUAGAGGAGGGCUACGAUAACGCGAUUCGUGAUUAUUACAAAAAACAAGUGUCCCAAUUAAGCACUCUAAUUUCGUUGUUGUUGGGAGAUCUGACAAAACAAGACCGGCAAAAAAUAAUGACCAUUUGCACUAUAGAUGUUCAUUCUCGUGACGUCGUUAGCAAAUUAAUUCAAAUGAAAGUUGAAAGCGCCUCGGCGUUCCAGUGGGUUUCCCAACUGAGACAUAGAUGGGACGAGCAAGAUAAACACUGUUUUGCCAAUAUUUGUGAUGCCCAGUUUAGGUACAGUUAUGAAUACUUGGGAAAUACUCCUCGACUUGUGAUAACACCCCUAACCGACCGAUGCUACAUCACGCUAACUCAGUCUUUGCAUCUGGUGAUGGGCGGAGGGCCAGCGGGGCCUGCCGGAACGGGCAAGACCGAGACGACCAAGGACUUGGGGCGAGCUCUGGGAAUAAUGGUCUACGUAUUCAACUGCUCCGAACAAAUGGAUUAUAAAUCCUGUGGUAAUAUUUACAAAGGGCUUGCUCAAACUGGAGCUUGGGGAUGUUUUGAUGAGUUCAAUAGAAUUUCAGUCGAGGUUCUUUCAGUGGUUGCCGUCCAGGUUAAGUCGGUUCUGGACGCCAUCAAGAACAAAAGGAUCACCUUCGACUUCAUGGGGGACCCCAUCGCUCUAGUUCCCACAGUCGGGAUUUUCAUCACGAUGAAUCCCGGUUACGCCGGCAGGACCGAACUGCCUGAAAAUCUGAAAGCACUAUUCAGGCCGUGCGCGAUGGUGGUCCCCGACUUCGAACUUAUCUGCGAAAUAAUGUUAGUGGCUGAGGGUUUUCAAGAAGCGAAAAUACUGGGAAGAAAAUUUAUAACAUUAUACACGCUGUGCAAAGAAUUAUUAUCGAAACAAGAUCAUUACGACUGGGGAUUGCGGGCAAUAAAGUCCGUUUUAGUAGUGGCCGGAUCAUUAAAAAGAGGGGAUCCGGGAAGGCCAGAGGAAGAAGUACUUAUGAGAGCGCUUAGAGACUUUAACAUUCCUAAAAUUGUAACUGACGAUUUUCCCGUGUUCAUGGGUUUAAUAGGUGACUUAUUUCCAGCCCUCGAGGUUCCCAGGAAACGUGAUGCUGAAUUUGAACGUACGGUUAAACAGGCGGCUAUCGAUUUGAAAUUACAACCAGAAGACAAUUUUAUAUUGAAAGUUGUUCAAUUAGAAGAACUAUUGGAAGUACGCCAUUCGGUUUUUAUCGUCGGUAACGCCGGCACCGGCAAAACGCAAGUGUGGAAAACGUUAUUUAAAACCUAUAUAAACAUAAAAAGAAAACCGGUUUACAACGAUCUCAAUCCGAAGGCCGUCACAAACGAUGAACUUUUCGGCAUAAUCAAUCCUGCUACCAGGGAGUGGAAAGAUGGUUUAUUAUCGGUUUUAAUGAGAGAACAAGCCAAUCUGAGUGGAGAUAAUCCAAAAUGGAUCGUUUUAGAUGGCGACAUAGAUCCGAUGUGGAUCGAGUCCCUAAACACAGUUAUGGAUGAUAACAAAGUACUCACUUUAGCUAGUAAUGAGAGAAUUGCCUUAACACCGGCAAUGAGAUUAUUAUUUGAAAUUUCAAACUUACGAACAGCGACACCGGCUACGGUUUCCCGAGCAGGAAUUCUUUACAUCAACCCUCAAGAUCUCGGCUGGAAUCCAUUCGUAACCAGCUGGAUCGAAACCCGAUCAAACUCGACCGAAAAGUCAAACCUCAUCAUGCUUUUUGAUAAAUAUAUUCCGGUCUGUCUGGAAAAUGUUCGCACACGUUUCAAGAAAAUAACCCCAGUGGCUGAAACCGCACACAUCGAAAUGCUAUGCCACUUGCUCGACUGUCUUUUAACCCCCAACAACGUCCCCAACGACUGUCCCAAAGAAUGGUACGAACUCUACUUCGUGUUUUGCUGCGUCUGGGCGUUCGGGUCGGCGAUGUUCCAAGAACAGACGACUGAUUACCGAGUGGAAUUUACCAAGUGGUGGACUAAUGAAUUUAAGUCGGUCAAGUUUCCCAGCGGCGGCACCGUCUUUGAUUAUUUCAUCGAGUCAGAAAGCAAGCAGUUCGUGUCGUGGACCGAGAGUCUGGGACGUUUCGAGCUCGAUCCAGACAUCCCCCUUCAGGCAGUAUUGGUUCACACGGCCGAAUCGAUCCGUAUUCGAUAUUUCUUGGAUUUGUUGAUGGCUAAGCGACGUCCGGUUAUGUUGGUCGGAAAUGCAGGUUGCGGCAAGACUGUGUUGGUCAGCGAGAAAUUGGCGUCAUUAUCCGAGAACUACGCGGUGACCAACGUGCCUUUCAACUUUUACACAACAUCGGAGAUGUUACAAAAGAUUUUGGAGAAGCCGUUAGAGAAAAAAGCUGGAAGGAAUUAUGGUCCCCCCGGAAAUAAAACUCUUGUUUAUUUUAUCGACGAUAUGAACAUGCCAGAAGUGGAUGCUUAUGGCACCGUGCAGCCUCACACCCUAAUAAGGCAGCACUUGGAUUAUGGACACUGGUACGACAGGAACAAGCUGUCGCUGAAAGAUAUACAUAAUUGCCAAUACGUAUCGUGCAUGAAUCCCACUGCAGGAAGUUUCACUAUAAAUCCGAGGCUACAGAGACACUUUUACGUAUUUGCGAUUAGUUUCCCCGGAAGUGAGGCUCUCUCGACCAUCUAUCAUGCAAUUUUAAGUCAGCAUCUAUCUAAUAUAGAACACAAGUUUCCCUCUGUCGUUGUAAAACUCGGCGACAACGUUGUAUCAGCUGCCGUUGCUUUACAUCACAAAGCAUCGCAAAUAUUCCUUCCUACGGCUAUAAAAUUUCACUACAUUUUUAAUUUACGAGAUAUAUCCAACGUAUUUCAGGGUUUGCUCUUUAGUACGAACGACUGUUUAAAUCAACCCACAGAUUUAGUUAGGCUGUGGUUACAUGAAAGUCAAAGAGUUUACGGAGAUAAACUAAUUGAGGAAAAGGACACUGACGCUUUUAACAAGCUACAAUUAGACUUGUUCAAGAAAAACUUCGAGGAAAUCGAUGAGUCCAUCGUUCUUGAAAAACCAAACAUUUAUUGCCAUUUUGCCGGAGGGAUAGGCGAACCCAAAUAUAUGCCAAUAACUAAGUGGGAAACCCUUAGCAAAUUGCUGACAGAAGCAAUGUCUAGUUACAACGACUUAGUUGCAGCUAUGAAUUUAGUCUUGUUUGAGGAUGCAAUGAUGCAUGUAUGUAGAAUAAACAGAAUCCUGGAGUCUCCCAGAGGCAGUGCAUUAUUGGUGGGAGUCGGUGGCAGUGGCAAACAAUCCUUGGCGAGACUGGCGGCUUUCAUAUCAUCUUUAGAAGUGUCACAAAUCCAACUCAAGAAGGGUUAUGGAGUCUUCGAUCUCAAGAACGAACUGUCUUCUCUCUACAUGAAAACCGGGCUAAAAAACGUCGGAAUAAUGUUUCUGAUGACAGACGCUCAAGUGCCCAAUGAGCAAUUUUUGGUUCUUAUAAACGACAUGUUAGCGUCUGGAGAAGUUCCCGACAUGUUUCCCGAUGACGAAAUUGAAAAUAUCAUCGCAGGAGUUCGUAACGAAGUAAAAGGAGCUGGUAUGUUAGACACUCGAGAAAAUUGUUGGAAAUUCUUUAUUGAUCGCGUAAGAAGACAGUUAAAAGUCGUAUUGUGUUUUUCACCUGUUGGCUCGACGUUGCGCGUUAGAUCAAGAAAGUUCCCGGCUAUUAUUAAUUGCACGCAAAUUAACUGGUUCCACGAGUGGCCUCAAGAAGCUCUAGUUUCCGUUUCGCUCCGAUUUUUGCAAGAACUGAAAGCCCUACCGGCAUCUUUGCUUGAUUCUGUAUCCAGAUUUAUGGCAUACGCCCACACUUCUGUAAAUGCCACUUCUAAAUUAUUUCUACAAAACGAACGGAGGUAUAAUUACACAACUCCAAAAUCAUACCUCGAACAAAUUAACUUAUAUACUAAGCUAUUAAUUAAGAAAACGGAUGAACUUCAGUGUAAAAUUGAACGCCUGGAAAACGGACUGGAUAAGUUGAAAAGUACUGCUGUUCAAGUCGAUGAACUUAAGAAAAAGCUAGCAAUUCAAGAAAUUGAACUUAAGGAAAAGAACGAAGCCGCGGACAGACUUAUCGAAAUUGUAGGUAUAGAGACUGAGAAGGUAUCAAUCGAGAAAAAACUGGCCGACGAAGAAGAAGAAAGAGUAGCGAUUAUUGCAGACGAAGUAAGUAAGAAACAAAAAGACUGCGAAGAAGACUUACUCAAAGCAGAGCCGGCAUUAAUAGCCGCCCAAGAAGCCCUUAACACACUAAACAAAGCCAACCUGACGGAAUUAAAGUCCUUCGGUUCGCCACCUGGAGCAGUGACAAACGUGACUGCCGCCGUCAUGGUUUUACUAGCUCCGGCUGCAAAAAUACCCAAAGACCGAAGCUGGAAAGCCGCUAAAAUAGUGAUGGCCAAAGUGGACGCAUUUCUGGACGCUUUAAUCAACUACGACAAAGAAAACAUUCACCCAGAAAUCACCAAAGCCAUCGAACCUUACUUGAAAGACGCAGAAUUCGAGCCAGAAUUUGUCAGGUCAAAAUCGGCAGCGGCGGCCGGACUUUGCGCCUGGGUGAUAAAUAUUAUUAAGUUUUAUGAGGUCUAUUGCGACGUUGAGCCUAAACGGAAGGCUUUAGCUGCCGCUAACGCGGAAUUAGCAGCUGCUCAGGAAAAACUCAGCGGAAUCAAAAAGAAAGUUGCCUCUCUAGAAGAGCAACUAGCGAAUUUGACUGCGGAUUUUGAAAAAGCGACAACUGAGAAAUUGUUGUGUCAACAAGAAGCGGAUGCCACGAAUGCAACGAUACAACUGGCAAAUCGACUCGUCGGAGGGCUGGCCAGCGAAAAUGUGAGAUGGGCGGAAGCCGUUAAUAACUUCGUAAAUCAGGGGAAAAUGUUACCGGGGGAUGUGUUAUUGGUUACUGCUUUUAUUUCUUACGUAGGAUGUUUUACGAAACAAUACCGCUUGGACUUACUACACAAAAUGUGGCUUCCGUUUCUGAAGACUCUAGAACCUCAUGUUCCCAUCACCGAGGAUCUGGAUCCAUUAACUCUACUAACGGAUGACACUCAAAUAGCGAAAUGGCAUAACGAAGGUUUACCCAGUGAUCGAAUGUCAACAGAAAAUGCGACGAUUCUUUCUAAUUCGGAUCGGUGGCCACUUAUGAUAGAUCCGCAACUUCAAGGCAUAAAGUGGAUCAAGCAAAAGUAUGGCGACGAAUUAAAGGUGAUCCGUUUAGGGCAAAAGGGUUAUCUGGAUGUGAUUGAAAAAUCAAUUACUUGCGGAGCAACAGUUUUGGUAGAAAAUAUCGAGGAGACAGUUGAUCCUGUAUUAGACACUUUGCUCGGUAGAAAUUUAAUUAAAAAGGGAAAGGCGAUAAAAAUUGGUGACAAGGAAAUCGAAUAUAACGCCACGUUUCGCCUCAUUCUUCAUACAAAAUUAGCAAAUCCGCAUUACAAGCCAGAGAUGCAGGCCCAAGCAACACUGAUUAAUUUCACAGUAACCAGGGAUGGCUUAGAAGACCAACUUCUGGCGGAAGUUGUUAAGGCCGAAAGACCUGAUUUGGAGGAGUUAAAGGCCGAAUUAACCAAGCAGCAAAACGACUUCAAAAUUAUGCUCAAAACUCUGGAAGACGACCUGCUGUCUCGCUUAUCGUCCGCGGGUGGGAAUUUACUGGGUGACACAACACUCGUCGAGAAUUUAGAAACCACGAAGCGAACGGCAGCCGAAAUAGAACAAAAAGUCGCAGAAGCCAAAGUUACUUCAAUUCAAAUCGAUCAAGCAAGAGAACAUUACAGACCGGCAGCAGCUCGAGCGAGUCUGCUUUAUUUCAUUUUGAACGAGUUAAAUACAAUUAACCCAAUUUAUCAGUUCUCGCUGAAAGCAUUCAGCGUCGUUUUUCAAAAAGCCAUCGCCAAAGCCGACCCUGCCGACGAAGUCGCAGCUCGAGUGAAUAAUUUAAUCGACUGCAUCUCGUUCUCUGUUUUCCAGUACACGACGCGGGGCCUGUUUGAAUGCGACAAAUUAAUUUUUGCCUCGCAGAUGACCUUCCAGGUGCUUCUUAUGAGCGAGGAGAUAUUGGCCCCGGACUUGGAUUUUCUUUUGCGCUUUCCAAUAAAACCACAUGUGACUAGUCCGGUCGAUUUUUUGUCCAACACGAGUUGGGGCGGAAUAUGCAGUCUAGCAACAAAAGAUGAGUUCCGAAACUUAGACAGAGACAUAGAAAAUUCCCCCAAACGUUGGAAGAAACUUGUUGAAUCUGAAUGUCCAGAGCGAGAAAAGUUUCCUCAAGAAUGGAAAAGCAAAACUGCCCUACAGAGACUUUGCAUGAUGCGAGCCCUUAGACCCGAUCGGAUGAUAUAUGCCAUGAUGGCGUUCAUUGAAGAAAAACUAGGUGCGAAGUAUGUGGAGAACAAAACAGUAGAAUUCUCUAAAUCAUUUGAGGAAACAAGUCCAUCGACACCGAUUUUCUUUAUUUUAUCCCCCGGCGUUAAUCCUUUGAAAGAUGUAGAAGAUUUAGGAGAAAAACUUGGUUUUACAUCAGAUAAGCAGAAUUUUCACAACGUAUCGUUGGGUCAAGGCCAGGAAGUCGUAGCCGAAAAGGCGAUGGAAGUUGCAGCACUGCACGGGCACUGGGUCGUCUUACAGAACAUCCAUCUGGUUAAAAAAUGGCUGCCUCUGCUCGAAAAAAAUUUAGAACGCUACGCGGAAGGCUCUCACUCUAAUUAUCGGGUUUUUAUGAGCGCCGAACCUGCCGCAACUCCCACCGCCCACAUCAUCCCGCAAGGAAUUUUAGAAUCCUCAAUAAAAAUAACAAACGAGCCACCGACGGGGAUGCAGGCAAAUUUACAUAAAUCUCUAUCGAAUUUUAGUCAGGAAACAUUAGAGCAAUGUGGAAAGGAAGCUGAAUUUAAAGUCAUACUAUUUUCUCUGUGCUACUUUCACGCAGUUGUGGCAGAACGCAGGAAAUUCGGACCGCAAGGCUGGAAUAAAGUCUAUCCCUUUAACGUCGGAGAUUUAACUAUUAGCGUAUUCGUGCUUUACAAUUAUUUAGAAGCUAAUUCUAAAGUGCCAUGGGAGGACCUAAGAUAUUUGUUCGGGGAGAUUAUGUACGGCGGACACAUUACCGACGACUGGGAUAGAAGGCUCUGUAUUACGUACUUAGAAGAACUUCUACAACCCGAUUUGGUUGACGGCGAAUUAAUGCUAGCCCCAGGUUUCGCUGCCCCCCCGAAUACCGAUUACGUGGGGUAUCACAACUACAUCGACGAAAUGAUGCCUCCCGAGUCGCCCUACUUGUACGGUCUGCACCCCAACGCAGAAAUCGGUUUUUUGACAACUACAGCCGACGAUCUCUUUCGGACCGUGUUCGAGAUGCAGCCUCGAGACGCCGGGACUUCAGGAGGCACCACCAUUACAAGAGAAGAUAAAGUAAAGCAAAUGGUCGACGAAAUGAUCGAAAAGCUUCCCGAAGACUUCAAUAUGACAGAGAUAAUGGGCAAAGUAGAAGAGCGUACUCCUUAUGUGAUUGUGGCGUUUCAAGAGUGCGAAAGAAUGAAUUAUCUAACUGGAGAAAUUAAGCGUUCUUUGAAAGAACUCGACCUGGGAUUAAAAGGGGAACUUACAAUAACGUCGGAUAUGGAAGAUCUUGAAAACGCAUUAUUCUUGGAUCAAGUGCCACCGGUCUGGGGUCGGAGGGCUUAUCCUUCGCUUCUUGGCCUAACGUCUUGGUUUGUUGACUUAUUGUUGAGAAUUAGGGAAUUAGAAACGUGGUCCACUGACUUUGUGUUACCGGCGUCAGUCUGGUUGGGCGGAUUCUUCAAUCCCCAAUCCUUACUCACAGCGAUUAUGCAAAGCACGGCCAGAAGAAACGAACUACCGUUGGAUAAAAUGUGUCUCCAGUGUGAUGUAACCAAGAAACAAAAAGAAGAAUUCACGAGCGCCCCCCGAGAAGGGGCCUACAUUCACGGUCUGCACAUGGAAGGCGCCAGAUGGGACGUCCAAGCCGGAAUUAUAAUGGAUUCGAAACUGAAAGAACUAUUUCCAGGAAUGCCGGUUAUCAACGUCAGAGCCAUAACUCAAGAUAAGCAAGAUCUCAGAAACAUGUACGAGUGUCCCGUUUAUAAAACACGGACCAGAGGUCCCACAUACGUAUGGACGUUCAACCUAAAAACCAAAGACAAACCUGCCAAAUGGACCCUAGCCGGUGUGGCCCUCCUCCUCCAAACCUAACUUCCGCAAAUAAA